CACCAGGGCCAUUCGGCCCAUUGACGCGCCGUCGUCCGACCACACACACAUUCUGCUCGACAUGCACUCUUCCGUCGAACGAUCGCUUCACCACAUUGCCCAAGGCGGGAAUUGAUGCCUGCCUAAAACCGAAACGCGUCGAGUGUUCGCGGAAGCUGAAACCGUCGCUCGUUCUUCUUUUUGCCAUUCUUCAACUUGCCCGGCAGACCGCGAGACGAGCACCAUGGCCGCGUACGACCGUAAGCCCCGCACGGGCAAACGUCAAGCGACCGCGGCCGACGACUUGCGGGACGCUCAUGAGGCUGAAACAUACCAGGACAUGGAAGAUGACCGCCCGACGGAGACGUUGGCUGCCCAGCUCCAGCGGAUGCGCGCGGAGCUCGAUGCGGCCUAUCGCAAGAUGGCCGAACAGCAGCGUACUAUCGCAGCCCACGACGACCGAGUCAAGAGUGUCGAAGACGGCCGGCGUCGGGACACAGCCGCGUGCGUCGAACGUGUUGAGAAGGUCCAGGCUGAGUCAGAACGUGCCUUGGCGGCGCAGCGAGCCAAAGUUAUGGCGGCCCAAGACGAGACAAGUCGGGUCCGCGCUGCUGCUGCUUCCGCGGCUGCCGAGAAGGACGCUGAAGUUGAACGGUUGCGCGCAGAGGCUGCCCAUGGUACGACUUCCCGCCCGACCGAGCUGCGUCCGCGUUGUGAAGCCAUGACGAAACAUGGAGGCAGCUGCUCCAACUACCGGUCGUCGUGUCCGUACCGCGCUUCGGGUCUGCACCGCGACGUGGCGCCCGGGGCACCGGCGGCUUCGCUUCCCGUCCGUUCCACGUGCGGAUACACGACGAAAGCCGGCCAUCCUUGCAAGAAAAUGCGGGCGACGUGUCCUCACCAUCGCCACUUGUGGCCCUCACCCAGCGCCGACACCCCGGAUUAAGUCGGUGCCAUGACGCCUGUCCUGAGGCCACGAGGAGCCCGCGCGACCUGGCCUGGAGGGCCGCUGAGUGGUCGUGUGUCGCUUCGACGUGCGCGUAGGGUUGUCGCGGCCCGUCGCGGCCGCUUCGAUAAUCAAUUGACUUGGUCCUUGGUG